UCUCAAUGUCAAUUCCACCGCAAACGGAUCCUCAAGCCCCCGCCCGACCAAGCCCUUACAGCUAUACCGACGAGCAAUGGAAAGUCCACACCGUCCACCCCCAGCGCUACUAUUCCCGCAGUAAAGAAGAUGGAACGCUUCGCCCCACUCGCCCAGCGCCGUGUUUCUCAAUAGGCAAUCCAGACAUUGGGCCGAGAACGGCAGCCGAGAAGGCCCGCGAAGCCGACACGGCGCUCUGGGCGAGCUGCAAGAGCGUGGAGGAGUACGAGGCGAAGCGGCGGGAGAUGGAUGCCGCCGCCGCACGCCGCGCCGUGGAAGCAGAGCGGGUGACCUUCCAUCCGUUUUCGCGCCUGCCGGCCGAGCUGCGCUGUCAGAUUUGGGCAGUGGCCAUGGAGGACCACCCCACCCGAGUCGCGAUCACCUGCUCGGGGUAUACGCCGGCGCGACGGCCGCGGGGAGGAUUGUGUGGGACGGUGGCCCCGGGCCGUCCGAGGAUCUAUGCGGCCACCGCGUUCAUGCCGCCGUUAAUGCUGGUCAACGGGGAGGCGCACGCCCUGGCCUCCCGCCACUACCGGCGGGCCUUUCGGGGCGUGCAGGGCGGUGGAGGCGUCCUCGCCGCCUAUCCGAGUAUUCUCACGAUCGAAAAGGCCAUGAUCCUCCUCCUGCCGGUGGAUCGUGCUGAGGACCUCAAAUUGCUCACGGAGAUCGUGGUGAUUGUUUCCCCAGGUGCUGGCGGGAGGGUGGCGUUUUCCGGGGAGUGGUCGGAACGAUUCAAGAUUCUGCUGAGGAUGGCAUCCGUUCGUCGCCUGGGAAUUCGGCUGACGAGAUCGAUCCCACGCCACCGGUAA